GUGAACAGGAUUCUCCUCCUCCUUCCACGCUCUCCUUCUCAUUCGAGAUUCCCGAUCAUCCCUUCCAUUCCGAUCGAAUUCGCCAUCAAGAUCUCCCUUCCAAUUGGUUUUCUUCCCAUAAUUGUAGAUAUCUUCCCUUGUGAGCACCAUUACGGGCAGCGCCAUGGACGCCAUCGAUGAGUUGAGCCAGCUCUCGGAUUCUAUGAUUCAGGCGGCCGCCGUUCUCGCUGAUGAGGAUGUCGACGAGACUACACCAUCGAAAAGGACUGCUACAUUCCUCAAUGUCGUUGCCCUUGGCAAUGUCGGAGCUGGUAAAUCAGCAAUUUUGAACAGUUUGAUAGGUCACCCUGUCCUGCCCACAGGAGAAAAUGGUGCCACUCGAGCACCGAUCAGCAUUGACCUUCAAAGAGAUAACUCCCUCGACAAUAAAUCAAUUGUCUUGCAGAUUGACAACAAGUCUCAGCAGGUUUCCGCAAGUGCGCUCAGGCAUUCUCUUCAGGACAGGCUUAGCAAGGGUGCAGGGGUACAUAGUUCAGGAAAAAGCCGGGCUGAUGAAAUUUACAUGAAGUUACGCACUAGCACAGCUCCUCCAUUGAAGUUGAUAGAUUUACCUGGACUUGACCAGCGAGCUAUGGAUGAGUCCAUGAUCAGUGACUAUGCUGCACGCAAUGAUGCUAUAUUGCUGGUCAUAAUACCAGCUGCCCAAUCACCUGAAAUUUCUUCAUCUCGAGCCCUUAAGUUGGCCAAAGAGUUUGAUUCAGAAGGUACCAGAACUAUUGGUGUUAUCAGCAAGAUUGAUCAAGCAUCUGGAGACCAGAAAACUCUUGCAGCUGUUCAGGCACUUCUAUCAGAUAAGGGCCCACGGCUUGCAUCUGAUGUUACUUGGGUUGCUCUAAUUGGGCAAUCUGUUUCUAUUGCCUCAGCACAAGCUGGAUCAGUUGGCUCUGACAACUCACUGGAAACUGCCUGGCGAGCUGAGAGUGAAAGUCUUCGAUCCAUUCUCACUGGGGCUUCUCCGAGCAAGCUUGGUAGGGUGGCUUUGGUUGAUACUAUUGCUAAACAGAUACGCAAUCGUAUUAAAGUCCGACUCCCAAACCUCCUCUCUGGGUUGCAGGGCAAAUCCCAAAUGGUUGCGGAUGAGCUAGUCAGGCUUGGGGCACAAAUGGUGGAUAGUGCUGAAGGAACCAGGGCAAUAGCUUUGGAGCUUUGCCGAGAAUUUGAGGAUAAAUUCCUCCAGCAUAUUUCCUCUGGUGAGGGUGGAGGUUGUAAAGUGGUGUUAAGUUUCGAAGGAAAUUUUCCUAAUAGGAUUAAGCAGCUACCCUUGGAUAAGCAUUUUGAUAUCAAGAAUGUUAAACGGAUUGUGUUGGAAGCAGAUGGUUAUCAGCCAUACCUGAUAUCCCCUGAAAAAGGGGUGAGAUCCUUGAUAAAAGGAGUGUUGGAACUUGCAAAAGAGCCAUCACGUCUUUGUGUUGAUGAGGUGCAUCGUGUAUUGAUAGAUAUCGUUUCUGCUGCUGCAAAUGCUACACCUGGUCUUGGAAGAUAUCCUCCAUUCAAACGGGAGGUUAUUGCGAUUGCAUCUGCUGCUUUAGACGAUUUUCGAAAUGAAGCAAAAAAAAUGGUCGUUGCCCUUGUUGACAUGGAACGUGCUUAUGUUCCUCCUCAACACUUCAUUCGAUUGGUGCAAAAAAGUAUGGAUAGACAGCGCCGUGAGGAGGAGAUUAAGAACCGAUCGUCUAGGAAGGGAAAUGAGGCUGAGCAAUCCACUUUAAACAGAGCAACUAGUCCCCAGGCAGGUUUGCAACAACCAGGGGGCAGCUUGAAGUCCAUGAAAGAGCAGUCCACUGACAAAGAUGCAAAAGAGGGUUCAGCUUUGCAGAUUGCUGGUCCUUCUGGAGAAAUUACAGCAGGUUUUUUGUUGAAGAAAAGUGCCAAGUCGAACAGUUGGAGCAAGAGAUGGUUUGUUCUAAAUGAAAAGAGUGGAAAGCUUGGUUACACCAGGAAACAAGAAGAAAGGCAAUUCCGUGGUGUUAUCACAUUAGAGGAGUGUAAUGUUGAAGAGCCUUUGGAUGUGGAAGAAACCAAAAGUUCGAAGGACUCAAAAAAAUCUUCUGGAUCGGAGUCUGGGAAAGGUCCUAGCCUUGUAUUCAAGAUAACCAGCAAGGUUCCAUAUAAGACUGUUAUGAAAGCUCAUAGUGCUGUUGUAUUGAAGGCUGAGAAUAUGGCUGACAAGACAGAGUGGGUAAAUAAGAUUAGGAACAUUACCCAGCCUUCUAAUGGAAUUUCUGGGAAAGGGAAAGGGACAUCUGCUUCUGAAGCAGGAACUGUUAUAAGGCAAAGUCUUUCGGAUGGCUCCUUGGACACCAUGACAAGAAGACCUGCUGAUCCAGAGGAAGAGCUUAGGUGGAUGUCUCAAGAAGUUCGUGGUUAUGUAGAAGCUGCUAUGAAUAGUCUUGCUGCAAAUGUUCCGAAGGCUGUUGUGUUAUUCCAAGUGGAGAAAGCAAAGGAAGAUAUGCUGAACCAAUUAUACAGCUCUGUGAGUGCUCAAAGUGCAUCAAGGAUUGAAGAAUUACUUUUAGAAGACCAAAAUGUCAAACGAAAGCGUGAGCGUGCUCAAAAGCAAUCCUCUCUUCUAUCAAAGCUUACUCGCCAACUAGGUAUCCAUGACAACCGGGCUGCUGCUGCUAGCUGGUCCAAUGGGGGCAAUGGAGAAGCCAGUACGCGAACCAGCGCACCUUCGGGUGAUGAUUGGAGAUCUGCAUUUGAUGCUGCAGCAAAUGGUCCCACGAAUUUCUCGAGAUCAUUUGGUGAUUCUCGGUCCAACAGUGUCAAUGGUCACAGCCGGCGAUAUAGUGAUCCGACACAGAAUGGUGAUGAGAACUCAGGCUCGAACUCUGGCAGCCGACGCACACCCAAUCGUUUGCCACCACCACCACCCUCUCAAGGAGGUUCAUCAUCAAUGUAUAAAUACUAGGCAGUUUGUCGUCUAACCAAUGGCUUUUUUUUUUCUCCUCCUUGAUGAUGAUGUGUGUGUUUUUUUUAAUUUUUAUUUGGUGCGCAUCUUUUUGUGCUUUUCCGUUUUUGAGUGGGCUCUUUCAGGCUGGAAAAACUGCAACGAUGUGUACCCUACGUUCUUAGACAACUAUCAUCUAUAUAUAUAAUUUCGUUUUCUUUGGUUUC